UACGUUUAGGAGCAAUGGUAUUUGCGAGCAGAUUAUUUUAAAGUAUCAAGAAAAUGGUGGUGAUAUUGAAAGGCUUGAUUGCAUUCCAUUGGUAAGGUGGAUUACUCGUUCCGAAAUUAGAUCUAUUGAUAAAACUCAAGUGCUCAACUGAGAUACUUGUUUAUUUUUAGUUGUUUGUGGGUGCGUGGUCUUGCAAAAUUAAUAAUCAGAGCCUGACAAAGUCACAAGACUACAACAUUGCUCUAUAGAAAGAACAAGAAUUUCAAUGGAUCUAAACAUGUUGAAUUGGAGUAUUUGACCAUUAGAGGUGACAUGAAUUUCACGUAAACUGACCCCUAAGAAAGCAAUUUAGAGGCAUAAUAACGUAGCACGUGUCAUGUAGAGUGCGCGAGAAUUGACAUUGAAAAUAAAAUUAAAAAUCUUGAAUAUCACACGAGUAUGAAGGGUAGCAGUUAUCUGGAAGUAUGACGUUUGAAAGGUUGGUACUUGAGCACGGGGUAUGCCUGAAAGGCUGAAACUUUAGUUUGGAGAGCAAUGUUUCCCCAUUCUUCACGUGAACCCAAUUCCAGAUGCACUGAUUCUCAUCACAUUACCAUUUUCCGUCAUGGGAACGAUCUCUAAAAUUACACAAAAGUAAACGAAAAGAAGAUUGCAUUUGCCACCUCAUCUCUCCAACCACAUCACCCUUCCCGUAUUUAAUCUCCACCCUUGGCCGAGGCUUCCACAUUCCCAAUUUCAGCAAGGAGAAAGAGAGAGAGAGAGAUUGAGAAAAGAAAAUGCCCGCAGAGAAAUCGAACAGUUGCGAUACCGAAGUGGAAGCGUUUGCGGAGGUUGAUCCAACGGGUAGGUUUGGGCGUUACAGCGAUCUGCUAGGGUGUGGUGCAGUGAAGAAGGUUUACAGAGCCUUCGAUCAGGAAGAAGGCAUUGAGGUGGCGUGGAAUCAGGUUCGGCUGAGGAACUUCAGCGAAGACCCCGUUCUCAUCAACCGCCUUCACUCUGAGGUUGACUUGCUGAGCACCCUCAGCAACAAGUACAUCAUUGUGUGCUACAGUGUGUGGAAGGAUAAUGAGCACCACAACAUCAACUUCAUCACUGAGGUUUGUACUUCUGGGAACCUCAGGGAUUACCGCAAGAAGCAUCGCCAUGUCUCCAUUAAGGCCUUCAAGAAAUGGUCCAAACAGGUCCUUGAGGGGUUGGAGUACCUUCACACGCAUGACCCCUGCAUCAUUCACAGGGAUCUCAAUUGCAGUAACAUCUUUGUUAACGGCAACAUUGGCCAGGUGAAAAUUGGUGAUCUCGGAUUGGCUGCAAUAGUGGGACGGAACCAUGCAGCACAUUCAAUUUUAGGGACACCGGAGUACAUGGCACCCGAGCUGUAUGAGGAAGAUUACACUGAGAUGGUGGACAUUUACUCUUUCGGAAUGUGUUUGCUUGAAAUGGUUACAAUGGAGAUACCCUACAGUGAAUGUGACAGUGUGGCCAAGAUAUACAAAAAGGUCACCAUGGGAAUUAAGCCUGAGGCCUUGAGCAAAGUUUCUGAUCCUGAGUUGAAAGCAUUCAUUGAGAAGUGCAUAGCACAGCCAAGGGCAAGACCUUCAGCCACGGAUCUCCUUAAGGAUCCUUUCUUUUAUGAACUCAAAAAUGAUGAAGAAUCAACUCCUAUCAGUUGAUUCAUGCCUUCAUUAAUCACACGAAUUCACUGUUUGACCCUUUAGUCCAACGACUUUUUUUACUUCCAACUAUAUUCGUAUCCCACAACUAAUUGUUGGUUAGUGCACUGCAUGCAUUUCUACUCCAGUUUCACUAUAUUGGGGAUGUACAUAACUUCCUCAGUGGACUGAACUAUGGAUGAUACUGUUUGGAGAAAAUGCCAGUCCACUUGUAGAUUUUUCAGCUGCUUCACCUCAUUUAUUUCUGCCAUACUCUCUUUUACUUGCUUCAACAGUGAAAUCGUUAGGUGGGUCUCCUUAAAAUUGGUUGCGUCUUGCUAAUCUUAACAUCUUAAGUGUCGCCACAAGCUGAAGCUGUAACUAUCAAAUUUAGAUGCUUAUCUAGCACCUACAUUCUUCUGUGUG